AUGCCUCCUAAGAAAGCUGCAGUGGCAGAAGAAGAGAGCGCUCAGAAAGGUGCAGACACAGAAACGCAGCGCAAGGCCCCUGCUCAUCCAGCCACUUUUGUCAUGGUGAAGGAAGCUCUGACGGAGUUGGACUCGCGAAAAGGCGUCUCAUCCAUAGCCGUCCGAACCUUUAUCAAGCAGAAAUACCCCACUGUGGACGCAGUCAGGCUGAAGCACUUGGUCCGCAAGGCCCUGAAGAAGGGCCUGGAGUCUGGUGCCGUGGUGCGGCCGGCGAGCUCCACCGUCUCCACGGGCGUGGUGGGAAAGUUCCGGCUGGCUCCGAAAGUGAAGGCGCCAAAGCCCAAAUCUGAAAAUGUGGACCCCAAUGUUCCAGAGGUCGCCAAAGAGGCAGUGAAGAAGAAGAAGAAGGGUACUGGAGCACCUAAAAAACCUGAAAAGGGAUCCAAGAAGGACAAGGCAGGAGAAGAUCCCAAAGCACCAAAGAAGCCAAAGGAGAAGCCGGCCGCUACAGUGGCUCCGGCCAAGAAGCCGAAAGCCAAAGCUGCUAAGACGGAAGAGAACGCUGCGGCGGGGAAGCGCAAAGCUGCCGCCCCAAAAGCUGCUGGGAAAAGAGGAAAGGAUUAG